AUGUCGGGCACGCCGAUGGAUCUGGACCAUCCCGGUUCAGCCCCAAGCAAUGGCACGACGACGUCGCUCAAUAUAACCCGUACGCUCGGCGGCGGCGUGAAUCCGACGACGGAACUGACUCAAGUGAUAGAUGCUUUCAGGCCUGCAAAGCUCUUCCGCAGAGAGGACGUUAAGGACGGCACGAGGCCGUGCGUUCUGUCACUUGAUUUCGACGACCCCGGCGAGCUCUGCAUGACCUCGGAGAGCGAUGAGACUAUACAGAUUUACAAUGUCAAGGAAGGGCGGCAUGACAAGAGCCUUCUGAGUCGGAAAUACGGUGUCAAAUUGGCCAGAUUCACCCAUUGGUCCUCGAGCAUAGUAUACGCGAGUACUAAACAGAAUGAUGCAAUACGUUACCUUGCAACCCAUGACAACUCCUUUAUCCGCUACUUUGAAGGCCAUGAGGGAACGGUCACCUCCCUCGCCAUGCAUCCAGGGUCUGAUAAUUUCAUAUCUUGUGGCGUCGAUGGCACAGUCAGACUGUGGAACAUUGGCAGCAAGCAGUGGGCAGGCUUGCUCUACCUGAACACGCCGUAUCUCGCAGCCUGGGAUCCUUCUGGCAACGUCUUCGCAGUCGGGUCACCUUCAAGCGGAUGCGUGCUCCUCUACGACUACCGAAACUAUACGAAGGCACCAUUUGCGAUUUUUGACAUCGUGGAGAGUUGCAGGGCCGUCGACUCUACCCACUUGCUUCAGGGAUGGACCAAGCUUGAGUUCUCCAACGAUGGCAAGUCGAUUCUGCUCGGCACCCGGGGCAACGGCCACUACCUCCUCGAUGCGUUUGAUGGAAAGCUGAGGGCUUACCUGCGGAAGCCCGAGGGCGGCACGAGACGACCGGCUGUCGGCGAGGGCAACGCGUCCGCGCCGAGCGACCCCUCCCAGGCCGAGAGCAGUGGCGAGUGCUGCUUCACGCCCGACGGACGGUACGUCAUGAGCGGCGCCAAGAACAACGUGCUUAUCUGGGACACGCUGGGUACGGUGUCGGAGACCAAGGUCCUCGAGCCGGCUCACGUCCUUCUGGAUAAGAGAGAAGCGGCGGUGCUGGCCUUUAACCCUCGGUACAACUUUUUCGCAACAGCGGAUCAAGACCUUGUGUUCUGGACGCCCGAUCCUCAUGCCUAG